AUGGACGCCAUCGAUAUCUCGCUGGCGCUGCGGACGGCGUUUGGCAAGGAGCGGAGCUUCACACGGUUCUACACGGGAGGCCCGCUGGCGGUGAGCUCUGCGGUGGCGCGGCAGGAUGCGCUCCGCGGUCAAGUGCCCGAGGAGGCCUCGGCAGGCCUCGCCGCGGUGUGCGCUUGUGAUGACGGCUUUGCGGUCGUCUCGCUGGCGACGGGAACGACGCAGGCGCAGCAUACGCUGGGCGCCGGUGAGGUGCUUGCACUUGCAGCGGGCCCGCGGCUGGAGCGUGCUGUGGUCUUCUCGCGCGAGCGGCUCGACGUGCUGCAGGUGGUCGAGGUGGCGACGGGCGCGGUGACCCGGACGAUCAAGACCAUGUCCGGCCCUGUGGUCUCGCUCGUUCUCGAUCCGACAGGCAACCUGGCGGUCACGGGCUCGACCGACGGCAAGGUGCGGGUUUGGAACGUGGACAAGGGCUUCUGCACCCACAACUUCAAGGGCCAUCGCGGUAUGGUCACCGCCGUCGCCUUUCAUCCGCAGCCGGAUACCUGGGUCGUCUUCUCGGGCGCCGACGACGGUACCAUCCGGGUGUGGGACAUGAUGAACGUGUCAUGCCUAGGCGUGAUGGAGGGCCACAUGUCGUCGGUCACCUCGAUUGCCUUUUCGUCCGACGGCUCGGUCAUGGUCUCGGCCUCGCGCGACGGCGUCAUCAUCGCCUGGUCCGUCCGCGACCGCAGCAUGCUCGCCACCAUUCCGGUCUACGAGAUUGUCGAGGCCGUCGUCAUUGUUGAGGCGAGCGAGCUGGCGUGCGAGAGCGCUGCCGGUGAGGCUGUUGAUCGCACGAGUGGCAAGAGCAAGAGCAAGGGCAAGAGCAAGGGCAAGAAGGGCAAGAAGGGGGCCAAGCUCGGCGACGGGCUCCUGGCGCUCACCGCCGGCGAGAAGGGCUGCAUCCGGGCGUGGUCGCUCUCGACCCAGCAGGUGGUGCGGACGCUGGCAACGCCGGGCAACCUUGCGCUCACCUCGCUGCUGGUGGUGCCUGGCGACGCGGUCGGCGCCGGCGAGGCUGGCUCGUUGGCGCUGCUGUCGACGACGGUCGAAUCGGACGUGCUGACGUACGCGCUGCCGGACGGGCAGCUGACCGCGACGCUCUCCGGCUACCACGACGAAAUCUUGGAUUCGGUGCUGGUGGGCGAAGACGAAGCCGGCAUGCCGCGCCAGGCGGUUGUUGCCUCCAACUCUAACGUCAUCAAGGUGGUUGACCUGGCGACCGGUUCGAGCUCGGUGCUCGAGGGCCAUGACGACGUGGUGUUUGGCCUUGCGCUGGCGCCGUCGGGCACCGCUCUCGCGUCGGCGUCCAAGGAUCGGACGGUCAAGGUGUGGGACAUGACCGGCGGGAAGCUGGUGGCCUCCGGCGCCGGCCACACCGACGCCGUCUCAGCCGUCACAUUCUUCUCGCGCGACUCGGGCAAGGUUGUGACCGGCUCCAAGGACAACACGCUCAAGGUGUGGCAGGUCAACGACACUGGUGACGUGAUGGAGGCGCUGGCCACAGCGCGCGCUCACCCCAAGGACAUCAACGCGCUCGCGGUCGCGCCCAAUGACAGCUUGGUCGCCUCGGCCUCGCAGGACAAGACGGUCAAGGUCUGGUCGCUGCCGGACCUUGACCCGGUUGCGACGCUCUCAGGCCACCGCAAGGGAGUCUGGGAUGUGCAGUUCUCGCGGGUUGACCGUGUCCUCGCCUCGGCCUCGUCCGACAAGACCGUCAAGAUCUGGUCGGCCCGUGACUACAGCUGCCUGCGGACGCUCGAGGGCCACGCGGCCUCGGUCCUUCGCGUCCGCUUUGUCUCGGCAGGUAUGCAGGUGGCGACGACGGCCGCCGACGGCAUCGUCAAGGUCUUCACUCUCAAGACCUCGUCGUGCGCGGCAACCAUCGACGCCCACAACGAGAAGAUUUGGGCGUUGGACGUCGCCGCCGACGGCGAGUACAUGCUGACCGGCGGCGCAGACUCUGCGCUCACCGUCUGGCGCGACCAGACCGCGGUCGUCGCCGCCGCCGCCGCUGCCGCCGCCGAGGACGUCGUCCUCAAGGAGCAGCGGCUCGCCAACGCGCUGGCCUCCUCCAAAUACUCGGAGGCGCUCGAACUUGCGCUCGAGCUCAAGCAGCCGCGCAACGCGCUCCGCGUGCUGCAAAAGCUCGACACGGCAGCGGCCAACCAGACCGAGCGCACCGCUGCGCUCGCCGAGCUCGUUGCCCCACUCUCGCCGGGCAAGCUCGAGACCCUGCUCGGCUUUGCCAAGAUGUGGAACACCAUAGCCCGCAACGCCUUUCUCGUCCAGUCGCUCCUGCACGCCGUCUUUACCUCGUUUGAUCCCGAGGAUCUGGUCAGCUCCAUGGAGGGCUCGCUCGGCAGCGUCCUCACCGCGCUCGAGCCGUACACCAUCAAGCAUGCCGCCCGGCUCGAUCGCCUCUACCAGGCCUCAUUCCUCCUCGACAUUACGCUCAACGAGAUGGACGUGCUGCAGCCGCUCGACGAGGCUCCAGGCGCCGCGACCAGCAAGCGCGCGCUAGACAACGAUAGUGACGACGACGACGCCGCAUCGAGCCCGUCUGACGAGUCUGCCGAGGACGACAGCGCGGCGGCGACCAGCGACGACGACGAGAGCUCGUCGCGGGCCCAGGCGACAAAGACCAAGCGUGGACGGUCGCUCCGGCACCGCUCGAGCCAGGCUGUGCGGCGGACGUAGCGCCUGCUGGCCAGAGAGACACAAUGAAUGAAGCCACGUUGGCAGAUACG